AAUUCGAAUUUACUAGGCCUUUCUAGAUAGCUUCCGCAACUGAAAGCACAUGCUCUGCAUGUUAAGAAACAUCCGUAAUCUCUCCUCCUCCAUUACAUGUAACAAAGAUGGUGGGUGGCCACCGACGGCAGUCAGCAGUCUUGUAACUUACGUUAGGUGGUUAAUUAUGUGUAAACAUGAGAUUGAGAAAACCACGGCAGAGUUGAUGCCAGUCUUUUUCAGUGCACAUGCAAGCUCACCCCCACCACCAGAUUCACCCACUUACUGCCAUCAAAUUAUUCGUCUUAAAAUCUCAACCGUAUGGCGACCACAGAAAAACACACACCAUAUUGCCAUGAGUCUGUUGAUUGCGGAGGAUUACAAGAGGAGGGUCAAGAAUUCUAGGAAGGAAAAGGAUGGUGCGGAAAGAGAAGAGGGUCCGGUUGGCUUGGUCUCCUUUGUUUCUGUCUUGGCUGGGAGGAUCAGAGCCAGAAUUGGACACCAGACUGUGGAGGUUGUCGAGAGGUGGUUAGAGCCAAAGAGCCAAAUUGCAGUUGCUGCCUGCAAUGGCUUCUUCUCUGCUCGAAUUUUCUUCCUGUGUUUCUGAUUGUUGUUCUGAGUUUGUAGAUAAAGAAGAAAAGAAAAAGUUUCCUUUUUUUUUUAAGUAAACAAUCAUAAAUUCA